GCGACAUGUGGGGGCCCCCAUUUGAGGUGGGGUGUCAGCUCGCCAACACAUUUGCUGUGGCUCAAGUUUGGCCGGCAAACUGUGAGCCUGAUCAGUGAGGCGUGAAGAGUACGUACCUCCUACUUGGGGCUGGUCCUGCAAUUUGAUGCAGGAUAACUGGCCUUCUAGAUAUGUACCAGGCCAAUCGGCAAUCAGGCAAUUUACAUGUACUGUUAGAUAUCAGAGAGGCUCAAAUCCCGUUGAACCUCUCUGCGUGCCAACCAGAGUUGGCAAAAAUGAGCGAACAUCAGGCAUUUGGCGACGAGAAGCCCGCGGCUACUCAGGGCCUGCCUGAAGACGUGCCGACGCGCCCAGUUCAGCAAAAUGCUGCUGUAGCCACACAAGUCAAAGAUGCACUUGCGGUGCUAUUCGCAUUCCGCCUCAUCAACGCCCUCUGCGUUCGCACAUUCUUCCAACCCGAUGAGUAUUUUCAGGCCCUCGAGCCCGCAUGGCAGAUGGCAUUCGGACACGAGAGCGGCGCAUGGUUGACCUGGGAAUGGGAGCACAAACUGCGCUCCUCGCUUCACCCGGGUGUGUUCGCACUUGGGUACAGCAUGGUCUUUAAUUACUUGGCGACCAUGCCUCUGUCGUCUUCCCUGCGGGCCACGGUACUUGUUGCGAUACCCAAAGUCAUCCAGGCUGGCUUUGCUGCCUUGAGCGAUUGGUAUGCCUGGAGACUUGGCGAGAAGCUAUACGGACCGAACAGUGCAGUGGCCUGGUCUGUCCUUCUGAUGAGCAUCGUCAACCCUUGGCAAUGGUAUUGCUCAACCAGGACAUUCUCAAACUCCCUCGAGGCCACGUUGACAAUUGCCGCUCUGUACCACUGGCCAUGGGAACUGCUUGGCGUCUCAGGAGGCAGCAAAGAGAAGACCCCAACCCCUUCUCCAUUCCAGAAACCGGGAGCAGUCAACAGCCUGCGCAUGUCACUCGUUCUCGCUGGAAUUGCUGUGCUUCUUCGUCCAACCAACUCACUAAUCUGGUUGGCCAUUGGGACGCUCAUGUUGACUAGGUUCACUCUCGAUGGCCAGUCUACACUGACCCCGAAAACAAUCUUCAUCUUGGUUAGAGAAGGUAUUUUCUGCGGAUUCUGCGUUCUUGGCUUGUCACUUGUUGCCGAUCACCAAUACUUUGGCGAAUGGACCUUUCCACCAUACACUUGGCUCCACUUCAAUAUCGCGCAAUCGCUUGCAGUGUUCUAUGGACAAAAUAACUGGCACUAUUACCUCUCCCAAGGCAUCCCCCUUUCUUGUACCACCAUUGCCCCAUUCGCCAUCGUGGGCUUAUGGAAGGCUACAUCCCUGUCCUCUUCCAAGUCGAUUGAGAUGUCCAAUGCCCUGAAAGCGCUGGCACUGGCUGUUCUAACGAACAUCUCGAUGUUAUCUCUUAUAUCUCACAAAGAAGUGCGGUUCAUCUACCCCCUGUUGCCCAUACUACAUAUCCUUGCCGCCCCGUACGUCACAUCUUUCUUCACUCAAGUUACAGAAGGAGGAAUACCCACUGCAUCUGGUGCCAUCGGUAUAAAAAGAAAACCCUACCUGGCUGCUGGACUCCUUGUCAACCUCUUCAUGGCAGCGUAUUUGUCCUACUUCCACGGAGCCGCGCCGAUUCAGGUCAUGGGCUAUCUGCGCGGCCGGUUCGAAAGAAUCCACCCCCUAAACCUUGCGGUCUCGCAAAAGGUCAACCACACAGCUAAUCCCCUGGAACUGUUCGCCCUCUUCUUAACUCCCUGUCACACGACACCCUGGCGCUCGCAUCUAGUAUAUCCUGCUUUGCGAGCCCGAGCCCUGACCUGUGAGCCGCCCCUACACACGGAACCAGGAUCGCCAGAACGGGCAAAUUAUGUGGACGAAGGGUACCGAUUCGAUGCUAACAAGGUUGGGUUCAUGAGCAAUGAUCUAUGGCCAGCUUCUGGUGAUGGAGAGGAGAUACCGAGGUACAUAAUUGGAUUUGAAGGCAUCGAAGAUGCACUGCAGGAGUACUUUGGAUCUUCCGGUCCGGGGGCUGACAAGGGUGUCACGUUGAAGCAGACUUGGAGUCAUUGGAAUGGCCUAUUCACUGAUGACGAUAGAAAAGCGGGACAUCUUCGUGUUUGGAGUACGGGGGUGUAUUCUGAAAACCCAUAGUCUCGUGAACUCUCGAGAGCAGAUUCGGAGCCAUUGGACUGGUCUAUCACCACUAACGAUAGGAAGGCGGGGCAUACUCGUGUUGGUGUACGGGGGUAUAUUUUAGAAUUCCGUGUAAUCGUAAACUCGAAAAGCCUGUUUUCUAUGUAGGUAUCAUUGUCUUAGUAGCAACUGCCCAACGGAAGGUGGGGGUCAUGCUCGCACCCGUGAUAUUUCCCGCAGGCCUCUGGUCAAUAUAUCAACCUCCACU